AAUGAAGAAAGAUGAAGUAAAAUAAUAAGAAUAAUAGACAAUGACAAAGGAACACAAUGAGAAUAAAUGCAUCAAUAGGUAUUUAUUAACACAUCAAAUGGUCCUCUACAAAGACCCAGUCACUGAAGCAGCUUUGGACUCCUGCAUUGGCUGAUUCUGGGGUACUGACUCAACUCCAGGUGGGUUGGCACUGCUGCAUUCACACCAUGCCAACCUGGUGGAUUGGCACCUUGUGUGAACCCAGCAGCUUUCGCCUAGAGGCAGUCCUCUACUUACAACCACAAUUGGGCCCAGAAUGCAUGUUGCUAAGCGAGAAAUUUGUCAAGUGGGCCUUGCCCACAUUUCUUGACUGAAUCACUCCAGCUGUUAAUCAGCCGGUUGUUAAGUGAAUCUGGUUUCCCCAUUGACAUUGCUUGUCGGAACGUUGUAAAAGACGACACUGGGAUACUACUGCGACCGUCAUAAAUGUGAGUCAGUCGUCAAGCAUCCAAAUAUAAAUUAUGGGACCUGCUGCAACAGUCCUCAAGUAUGAAAAAUGGUCACGAGUCUUGUUUUUUUCAGCACCGUUGUAACUUUGGUCACUAAACGAACUGUUGUAAGUCGAGGACUAGCUAUAUUGCGGAAGACUUUUGUCUGGGUCUGCAGGGGACAGCACUCAACCUUCCCUAGGAACCAAUACAGUUUCGGUUCCAGGGUGGCUCAGAAUGAUAGGUCUUGUGAUCCUAGGCGCCUGGAGGGGCAACUUUUCCCCGCCCCCCCCCUUCCCUCCCAACGUCAAGGCCGGAGCGGACCUCCCGCACAGGAAGGAACGGCGCUUUUCCGCCCAAGACCUCCCCAACAUGGCGAUGCUUCCGGCAGUAGACCUCCCCAAGAUGUCCGCCGCCACAGAAACCCGCAAGCCGCCAUUCACCCUCCCAAGAUGUCCGCCAACACAGGAAGCCCGCCUCCCACCUCCUCAAGAUGGCUGCCCACCACCCCUCGCCUUACGAGGCCGCUCCACGGGUCGCUACCCUCCCCCAUAAAAACAAACCCUCCUCCGCUUCCCCUCCCUCAACAACCUCGCGGCCGCCUCCGCCUCCCUCACCGGGCCCCGACCGAUGGAGCGCGGCGCCUUCCCUCCCCCUCCCUUAUUCCCUUCAUGACCUUCCCAUCAUGGCGGCGCGGGCCCUCCGCUCACGUCCUGCGUCCUCCCCCCACUCCUCCUCUCCCCCUCCCCCCUCCCCUCCGGCCUGCUGCCGCUCCCGCCACCGCAGGACUCCCUUUCCCGCCCGCGGUUAGGCCCGAGCCUGGCCUCGAGUAGCGCUGGGGUGUUUUAUGUGCGCGCGUCUGUCUGUGUGAUUUUUCUCCUCAGAGGACGCAACCAGGCAGGCCCGGCCUCGCUGGCUCGCGCGCGCGGCCGACACUCAGUCUCGAGCUAGCCGGCCAGCGGGCGCGCGCCCGCGCUGCCUCCUCCUCCUCCUUCUCCCGCCCGCCCGCCGUGCCGCCCGCUCACUCCUUCGCGGCCGUCAUCCUCGUCGCCGCCGCCGCCGCCGCCUCCCUCCCGCCCGUCUUCCUCCUCCGCCCCCGCUGCCUCGUCUUCCUGCCUGGCCGGCUGGCUGGCUGUCGGCGGCGGCGGCGGCUCCACGGCGCAGGCCCGCUGCAGCGCAGCCGCUCUGAGCAGUAACCAUUCAUGGAGGAACAUACGGUCACGCAGACCGAGCACAUGGCAACCAUAGAGGCCCACGCCGUGGCCCAGCAAGUCCAGCAGGUCCACGUGGCCACGUAUACGGAGCACAGCAUGCUGAGCGCCGACGAGGAUUCCCCCUCUUCGCCCGAGGACACGUCCUACGACGACUCGGACAUCCUCAACUCCACGGCCACCGACGAGGUGACCGCCCAUCUGGCCGCUGCAGGGCCGGUGGGAAUGGCCGCCGCCGCCGCCGUGGCCACCGGUAAAAAAAGGAAGCGGCCUCACGUUUUUGAGUCCAACCCAUCCAUCCGCAAGAGGCAGCAGACGCGGUUGUUACG